AUGGACACCAACCUGCCGGGCACCUUCCUGCUCAACGGGCCGUCGCUGGGCGCCUUCCCCGAGGCCAAGGCGCCCGUCUGCCAGUACUCGGUGCAGAGCUCGUUCUACAAGCUGGGCCCCCCCGGGCUGGGCUCGCAGCUGCCCGCCGGCACCCCGCACGGCAUCUCGGACAUCCUGGGCCGCCCCGCCGGCAGCGGGCUCCUCCCCGGCUACCCGCACGCCGCGGCCUUCAACGGACUGAGCUCCCCGGGCGUCUAUUACGGGCCGCAGGUGGGGACCCUCCCCAAGGCCGGGAGCGAGUUCGUGGCCCGGGGCCGGAGCUGCUGGGCUGAGGCGGCCCCGGAGUGGCGCGGGGCCCGGCAGUGCGGCGGCCCUCCUGCUCACUUGGCCGACAGCCUCCACAAGAAGAAGCACACGCGCCCGACCUUCACAGGGCACCAGAUCUUCGCUCUGGAGAAGACUUUUGAGCAGACCAAGUACCUGGCGGGUCCGGAGAGGGCACGUCUGGCCUAUUCCCUGGGCAUGAGCGAGUCGCAGGUGAAGGUCUGGUUCCAGAACCGACGGACCAAGUGGAGGAAGAAGAGCGCCCUGGAGCCUUCCUCAUCCUCCCAGCGGGCGGGAGGCUCUGGGGGAGAGCGGGCGGCCUCCGAGGCCGAGGACGACGAGUACAACAAACCGCUGGACCCCGACUCGGAUGACGAGAAGAUCCGGCUGCUGCUGAGGAAGCACCGUGCGGCCUUCUCGGUGCUGGGCUUGGGCACACACAGCGGCUGAGCCCCCCAGGCAGCCCCCCAGCUCCUGGGGCUGAUGGCUGCCGGGGCUGGGAGCAGCAGCCUGGGCACAUGAAAUAAAGAUCCCGGCCCCAGCCCGUCCCUGUUUCGUGGGCGCGUGGUCCCGAGUGGCCCCUCUGGGGCAGGGGCUGCUGCCAGGCAGGGGAAGGGGCUGUGGCUGUGGUGCUGUGUGUGAGGGGAAGACCCCAGGAGGGGGGCCCUGAGCAGCUUUCCCCGGGGCUGGGUGUGUGCUGGUGCCAAAGUCGCUCCCUGGGGCCUCUCGUGGGAACCCUCUGAGCAGCAAAUAAAUGUCAUUUAUCUUGA